AUAAUUAAUUAAAUUUGCAUAAAUUUCUCUUUAAUAUUCUUUAAAGAUAAAUAAAUAAAUGAAAUAAUAGAAUAAAUAUUAUAACAACCUAAAAGAUUUUUUAAGCUCUUCGCUUUCAUCUCAUAAAGAUCUCCAUUUUAAUCUUAAUUACAAUGAAAUUGGUGGUGAGGGUUUGUCAAGCUUAGGUUUUGCUUUAGCAAACUGUACUAAUUUAACAAAAUUGGGAUUUAGUUUUAUAAAUUAAAUUAGUGAUGAUGGUGUAUAAGGCUUAGGUUAAGCAAUAACAAAAUGCAUUAAUGUCUCAUAUUUGACAAUAUGCCUUAAUUAUAAUUAAAUUGGCAAUCAGGGCGCAUCAGGUCUAGGUUAAGCUUUAGCAAAAUGUAUAAAUCUUUAGAACUUGGAACUUUAUAUAAAUAAAAAUUUAAUUGGUUUAAUUGGUGCAUCUGAUAUGAGCUAUGCUCUAGCAAAACUCCCUAAUCUUUCUAGUUUGAUACUAGAUCUUGGUCAUAACUAAAUUAGCCAGAAAUGUGAAUUAAACUUAGGUUCAAUUUUAGCAAAGUGUACUAAUCUCUCAAAUUUGACACUUUAUCUGAGUGGAAAUCAAAUAGGCAAUGAAGGCCUAUUAGACUUAGGUUAUACUUUAGCAAACUUCACUAAUCUCUAAAAUUUUACACUUUAUCUAAAUGAAAAUUAAAUUGAAGAUGUAGGUAUAUUAGGCUUAGGUUCUUCUUUAGUAAAGUGCACUAACCUAUCAAGUUUGACACUUUAUCUAAGUUAGAAUUUAAUCUGCGCAACUAGUUUAUUAGAUUUAGGUUCUUCUUUAGAUAACUGCUCUAAUCUCUCAAAUUUGACACUUGAUCUUGGUUACAAUAAAAUUGACGAUCAAGGUGCAUAAGAACUAGGUUAUGCUUUAUCAAAGUGUACUAAUUUCUCAAAUUUGGCACUUUAUCUCUUCGAAAAUUAAAUUGGUGCAAAGGGUGCUUCAAGCUUAUGUUCUGCUUUAUAAAAGUGCUCAAAUCUCUUAAAUUUAACACUUUAUAUUAAUGUUAGUUAAAUUGAUUAUGAAGGUUAAUCAUGCUUAGUUUCCGCUUUAGCAAAAUCUACUACUCUCUUAAAUUUAAUACUUAAUCUUGGUGAUAACUAAAUUUAAGUAUCAGAAAAAUUGAAACUAAAGUGGAAGUGCCUUAAAUUAAAAAGAUUGAUUUCCUAUAAGCUAUUUUCAUGAUAACAAGUAAUUAACGAAGGUAAGAUGAAUAAAGUAAAAAAAAUGCUUUUUAAUUUAACAUAGAAUAUACUGUAAAUCCUCAUUAAUUAAGAGCCGAAUAUAUUAAGAGCUUAAAUUUUAUAAAAUAGAAAAAAUUAAUUUACUUUGAGAAAAUUUCCCUUUUUUUUAAAUUUUUUGUAAUUGAAUGUUAUGGUGUGUGUGUGUAUGUGUAUUAGGUUUUGUUAACUACUUUUAUUUUAAAUUAAACUAAUAAUUAUAUAAUGCAAAUAAAUAUUUUACAAAAUGAAAUCCU